AAGCUAAUUUUCUUGUUUGUGUUUCCCAUUUUGCAGACAAAUUCUGUUAGUGAGCAGGAAGUACAAGGUACAAAGACUGAGGUGUCACUAUCAACUUCUGUUGCAACUGCAGAACAGCAGCAAGAAGAACCAAUUCGGCUUCAGAGGAUGCCUGCUGCUCCCUCCCCCACCAUUCAGUCCAUUUCUCUAGCUGUACCAAAGCCUAAAGCUCAUCAACUAAGUAUCAAAUCCUUUUCAAGCCCAACUCAAUGUAGCCACUGUACAUCUCUCAUGGUGGGAUUGAUUAGACAGGGUUAUGCUUGCGAUGUGUGUUCAUUUGCAUGCCAUGUUACCUGCAAAGACAGUGCACCACAAGUCUGUCCUAUACCUCCAGAGCAAGCCAAGAGACCUCUUGGAGUAGAUGUUCAAAGAGGCAUAGGAACAGCCUAUAAGGGCUAUGUCAAGGUUCCAAAGCCAACAGGAGUUAAGAAAGGAUGGCAGAGGGUUUAUGCAGUUGUCUGUGACUGUAAACUUUUCCUCUAUGAUGUGCCUGAAGGAAAAUCCACUCAGCCAGGAGUUGUUGCAAGUCAAGUUAUGGAUCUCAGAGAUGAAGAGUUUUGUGUGAGUUCUGUCCUAGCAUCGGAUGUUAUACAUGCAACCCGUAAAGAUGUUCCUUGUAUAUUCAGGGUGACGGCUUCUCUCUUAGGCUCUCCUUCAAAGACCUGCUCUCUGCUGAUCCUAACAGAAAAUGAAAAUGAGAAGCGAAAGUGGGUUGGAAUUCUAGAGGGACUGCAAUCUAUUCUGCACAAAAAUAAACUCAGAAAUCAAGUUAUACAUAUUCCACAGGAAGCCUAUGACAGUACACUGCCUCUCAUUAAAACCAGCCUAGCUGCUGCUAUUAUAGAUCGAGAUAGAAUAGCAAUUGGUUCAGAUGAAGGACUCUAUGUCAUAGAAGUCACCCGUGAUGUGAUUGUUCGAGCUGCUGAUUGCAAGAAGGUCUACCAGAUAGAGCUUGUUCCCAAAGAGAAAAUAAUUAUUCUUAUUUGUGGUCGGAAUCGUCAUGUUCACUUGUAUCCUUGGUCUUCCCUGGAUGGAUCUGAAAGCAGCUUUGAUGUCAAACUUCCUGAAACAAAAGGCUGCCAGUUCAUUACAACUGGAAUGAUGAAGAAGAGCUCCUUACCGAGUUUAUUUGUGGCAGUUAAGCGACAGAUUCUCUGCUACGAGAUUCACAGAACUAAACCUUUCCAUAAAAAGUUCAGUGAAAUCCAAGCUCCUGGCCAUGUACAAUGGAUGGCUGUAUUCAAAGACAGGCUUUGUGUUGGCUACCCAUCCGGUUUCUCUCUGUUGAACAUCCAAGGAGAUGGACAGUCUAUAAGCCUGAUCAAUUCCACUGAUCCUUCACUUGCAUUCCUCUCGCAACAGUCAUUUGAUACCCUUUGUGCUGUGGAGCUCAGCAAUGAAGAAUACCUACUUUGCUUCACCCUGUUGGGAGUAUACGUUGAUGCUCAAGGUCGAAGAUCACGCAUGCAGGAACUAAUGUGGCCUGCGACUCCAGUUGCGUGUAGUUGUAAUCCAUCCUAUUUAACUGUGUACAGUGAAUAUGGGGUUGAUGUUUUUGAUGUUAACAAUAUGGAAUGGGUUCAAACUAUCGGUUUAAGAAAGAUCCGACCUCUAAAUGUUAAUGGCACAUUGAAUCUCCUUAGUUGUGAACCUCCUCGGCUAAUUUAUUUCAAGAACAAGUUUUCAGGAGGAGCUGCUCUUAGUGUGCCAGAAACAUCUGACAACAGCAAAAAGCAAAUGCUUCGUACUAGAAGCAAAAGACGAUUCGUCUUUAAAGUUCCCGAGGAAGAAAGAUUACAACAAAGACGGGAGAUGCUCCGAGACCCUGAGCUCAGAUCCAGAAUGAUUUCAAACCCCACCAAUUUCAACCAUGUGGCUCAUAUGGGACCAGGAGAUGGAAUGCAAGUGCUCAUGGAUCUGCCAUUGACUGGUUUACCUUCUUCGCAAGAUGAAAAGGUUUGCCCUCCGACAAGCAACAUUUCACGCCAAGCACCUCACAGAAAUAAAAGCUACAUUUCAUGGCCAUCUUCAAGUGGCAGUGACCAGGGAGCAACCGUGCCCUUGCGAAGUAUGUCUGAUCCAGAUCAGGAGUUUGACAAAGAGCCUGAUUCGGAUUCUACCAAACACUCAACUCCUUCCAACAGCUCUAACCCAAGCAGCCCCCCAAGUCCCAACUCUCCCCACAGGAAUCAGCUGACACUAGAUGGAUUAGACCAAUCAACCUGUGAUGCAUAACACUGCAGCUCUCUCCACUGUUUCUCCCAUUUGGGAUUGUCUGCUGUGUCGUGGAGCAUCAAAAGCAGGACAUCUGUCUCCAACAACAGUGCCAAGACUGAUGCUUAAUCUUUAGCAUUGCACAGAAGUAAAUUCCUGUAUCUAGAUUGUAGAUUUGAGGGCAUAAAAAGGAGGCAAGAGAUCUUUAUUGCUAUAGUAACAAAAUUGUUUUUUUUUAAUGUAAACUGUUCACUCUUACACUCAAGGUGCAUCCAUUUCUGCACAGCUGUGAUACUCUCAUGACAUACAGUAAAGGCUACUGAUAAAAUCUUAAUACUUAAACUGAAAAAAGAGAGAUGCUGAUAGUUUUUAUUACUAUACAGUACCAGGAAUAUUAUUUUUCUAUAGGGUAAUGUAAUGUCUCAUUAUCAGCAAAUUCUUUUUUAAAAAAAAUCCAGAUCUUUGAGUAUGAAGUAAAAGCAGUCUAGUUACAUCCUUGGCUAAAUAUAUUCUAAAUAUAUUGUUUUUCUUUUUUCAAAGUUUAGAGGGAUGAUAGGAAGUUGUAGGGCCAUUUCCAGCUUCAGUAGAAUAAAACAGGAAAGUGAAAACAGAACUUCUAGAUUGUGGCCUUUUAACUUACUUAGCCAUUACAUAUGUUCUCCGCUGUAUAAAUGUCUUUCUACUGAAAUUUUAGUCAUGUACAUAAAGGACCAGAAAUGUUUUAUCCUUACCCUACUUUUUUAGAUCUGAUUAGCUAGGACAAGGCUUUUUAAAAAAACAAUAACAUACUGUUGGAAAACAGAUUUUACUGUUUUUCUUGCAGUCCAUCUUCUCAAACAUUUUUGUAAUUUCUCUUGGAUUUUUUUUUCAGAGUAAAAGAUAACACUACGUUUUAAAAAGUUUUACUAGGCCAGCAUUCUCUUGAGAUUGCUCCCCGAUGGCUGCUUGUAUGAAGGGAUUGUGUAGUAAUAAAUUGCUUCUGAUUUUUCUUGGUAACCAAAGUGGAAGCAUAGAGGGGUGUGUAUAUGAGGGUACCUCGUCUUUUUUCCCCACUUUUCUUAAUUCAUUAUAUCUUCACCUGCAUGAUGAUCCAAACCCCAUGAUUGCUCAUUAAAAGUACUGAAUGUGUAGGGGAGGAAAUGCACAGCACAUUCCUGUAUAUUUUGCAGCAGUGACAUAUUACAUGUAUAUUUAAUCUCAUGCUUCCAUGUAUUAUACAUUUAGUAACACUAUCUACCCACCCAUCCUAGUGAUCAUGUUUCAUUUAAAAGCGUGUAAUUAAUUCUAUGGCUGGCAUAUUCAGUUUGUCAUUGUCACACUAGUGUGCCUUCUGUGCCAAUUUGAUGACAGUUGGAUGUCAGUUGUUUUAAAAUCUGGUUUCUAUGGGCUAAUGCUAUACCAAUGGCUAACACUCUUCCCUGAGACACUGUAUAGGACAUGCACUUAUCCCUAGUUUAAACCAAGUGGUUCUAGUCAACAUUUAAUUCUGUUUCAUUAAGUGUUUGACAAUAUUUGCUCUUUCUCAGAUUCUUGAUUAAUAAAGCUCAGUUUGAGCUGGACACUACUGCUUUGGGGUUUUUCUGGUUUUUACUCUUUUUUUAAAUGUAUGUCUCAAGUCUUUGUAAUUAUUGAAUUGUGAGAACAUUUUUGAACAAUCUACUUGUCAAUAAAGCGGAAGAGGGAUGUUUUAAAAAGUU